GUCAAAGAUCAGAGGUGAAACGGCUACAAAAUGCCAACCCUCAAACUGAUUGUGCUUGCUGGUCUGGUUUCCAUUGUUGCUGCACAACAAUGGGGACAAAUUUGUCAGGGGAAUCCCACAAAUGAAAUCAGAGGCUGUGAUUCAUAUGGCUGUGGACACUACAAUGCUGAAAGAAAGGGCAGUAAAGGAAAACAUCUUGCUGUGGAUGUGGUCUGCAGAGAUGGAUCGGAAGUUCGUGCUCCUUUCUCUGGUACUAUUACCAAAGUCAGGGGAGACUUCCAUACUGCUAGAAAUGUUGAAGGAGUUGAAAUUCAAGGGGAAGGCUUCUGCGUGAAACUGAUGUUUGUCCAGAUUGCUUUCCAAAUCAAAAACGGCAGGGUUAGGAGGGGAGAAGUUAUUGGAACAAUGCAGAACAUGCAACAGAUGUUUCCUGGUAUCAUCUCGCACAUCCAUGUUGAGAACUGUGACCACUCGGAUCCUACUCCUAACCUUAGAAGAGGUCAAAUAGUUGGUCCACGACCUCCGAUCCCUCGUCCAGUACCGCCGCAGCAGGUGGGAUGGAAUGCUGUGUGCGCGGGCAAUCCUUUAAACAAAAUAAGAGGCUGUGAUAGAUAUGGCUGUGGAUACUACAAUGCUCCAAGAAAACAUGGUAAAGGAAAACAUACGGGCGUGGAUGUCGAAUGCCGUGAUGGAGCUACAGUCUUUGCUCCUUUUAGUGGCAGACUUUCUGGUCCAGUCAGACCAUUCAACAAUGGUAACGCCAUUGACGAUGGAGUCCAAAUUAAUGGAGGAGAAUUCUGUGUGAAACUGCUGGCUAUCAAGCCUUACACGUACAGUGGCUACGUCACGAGGGGGCAGCGUAUUGGAACAAUGCUGCCGAUGCAGAAAGUAUUCCCUGGUAUCAUCUCUCACAUCCAUGUUGAGAACUGUGACGGCUCGGAUCCUACUUUUCAACUUACAAAUGGACAACAAAACCAACAAGGACAGGGAACAUAAAUGGAAACACACAGUAUCUGGAAAUGACUAAUUUCCAAAUAAAAUCAUCUCAGCAUCAAAAA